AGUUUAGUUCUUUAACCGUGUCUGUGUGGAAGUGUGACUUAAGUUAUUUUUUGCAAACAUUUAAUCUAGUCUAGUCAAAAUGAAGUGUUUCGUUAGUAUCGCGAGUGUAUUCUGUGUUUUAGCAGUCGUGAGUGCUGCCCCCUUUUUCCCAGGCGGCGGACUUAGUGCUUCUACUAGUCUCCAGGGUUCAUCAAGUAGUACCUCUGGAACAGCGAGCUCUGGCCCUGGAGGUUUGACAAACAUUUUGUCAAAUAUUGAUCUGCCAGGGCUGUUAAGAGGAGUGAACAGCUUUGUCAAAUUAGUGGGGGCGUUUUGCCCCCCGUUAUCUCAGGUCCUUGACAACGUCAUCCAAAACGUCACUAGCACCGCCUUCCGAGUAUUCGGUCGUGCCAUCUUGAGAAACGGCGGACUUGGCGGCGGCGCCGCAGGCGGUGGCGGACAGCGCGUCAACGUCGUCCUUCCCACUUUCCCACCAGAUGAGGACUACGAAGAAGAAGACGAAGACACAACCGAAUCUGUAUCAGCCAACAUCGAAACCAGAAUCGGGGAAGCCGACGCUGAUGCCACUAACACGGAGACGGCUACAUUAUCCGCCGAAACUACAGUGGUAACCACUACACUUUUCACUUCCCCUGCCAUAGAAGAGAACACAGUCGCGAAAAGGCACGUGAGGGUGACUAGAGAAGCCGAUCAAGAAGGCGCCGAAUCAGCGCCUCAGCCCGCUGAAGAUCUUUCGAGCCUUAACAUUGACGACCAGGAUAGAAACAAAAGAUUUCUGCCUUUCGGCGGUAGCGUAGACGGACACGGUGGGGGCGGAAGCGGAAACUUCCUUUUCGAUAUAAUUAGGUUGGUAGCUGGUUCCGGAGCCACUGAAGAAUCUGACGAAAAACAUAACUCCCCCGGAGGAAUCGCCGAAGUAGACAUUGGUAAAACUGCUGAUGGUUACACCGAAGGAAUUCCCGGACCCAUCACCCGUCUCUUUGUUGUCGCCAACAGAGGAAUCGCUAACUUAGUGCAAGAUUUAAUCUUACGUCUCGCCCAGACAAGCGAAAGAUUAGUGAACUUCAAAGCUCGUUUGGUAACAUCCCUUAUCUAAGAAAAGAAACUCGAAAACUGCCAUCAGAAGUAAUAAAAUCCCAGUAAACUAGUGACACGCCACCUGUCCACCUUGAUUAACCCCAUCAGAAGAAAAACACUUUCGCUGCCAUCCUUGAUAACGAUAGAUUAAUAUUAGUUUAAAAUUAUUAACAAAUAAUCGAUUUUAAAAAUGUGUAAUAUUUAUCGUGCCACAGGGAGGCAUUGCGUGACUGUUACAUAUUUUUGUUAUGACGUGUCACCUUUAUUAAAUCCGUUUUAAGUUUAUUAUUUAUCAUCUUUAUUGUUGUUAUUUAAAUUUAUUUGUAUAUAGCUACUGUGUGCUUUUUUCUUCAAGGUAUCAAGGUAUCUUGCCAUUCCUACUUCUUCUAUUAUUUCCUUUCUAUAAGCGCUUAAAUUCAUUAAAUUAAUUUAUAACAAACUUAUAAAAUAAUUUAGUUAAUCUGGUGUAUUUCAAUUUUUCUUAUUCCUUACAUAGCUUUAGUAGUAAAUUUAUUUAAGGUUUUGACAUUUGUUUAAUAAAUUCUUUUUAUGUAAAUAACCUGAACAAUUGCUCAGUCUAAAAAUUUUGAAAAUGUAAAUAAAACGUUUCUUUUUUUACUUUCCGAGCUCUAUAUGAAUUUUUCGGUAAAAUUUGUAUGUAGUGUAUAUAAUUAUAGUUGGUAACUAUAUUGGUUGAAAUUGUGUUAUUAUUGUAAAACAUUAAAUUAAGUUUUUGUAGAAUAAUAUUUUAUUUAAAAA